UUAAAUUUUUUUUUUUUUUUUUUUUUUUUUACUUUUUAAGUCAGUAGUGACAUGCUAUGAAGUUGAGAAAAACAGUACUUUGGGUUUGACAGUUAGAAGUCAUUGUUAGCAUUUGCCUGGGUAUAAUUAGUAGAGAAAAGAGAGUAAAACUAAUGAUUUUAGCCAUGAAUGGGGAGGCUAAAUUUGGAUGAUAAAAACUUUUUUCCUGGAAAUCUUUUUUAUUUUGAAAAGAACAAGAUGAGUUAGUAGCUAGAGAGACUCCUAUCAAGGGAGUGGUGGAUAUGACUUUGUUUUUAUGUGGAGAGAUUUUUAGGGUUUGCUUAAUCAACUUCAGUCAAAUCGAUUAAAUAAACCUAAGGGCCAAAAGAGAGGGAAAGGUUGAAAAUUUAAGAGAGAGUAUAUGGGAUAGGGCAGGCUUCCAAAGGAGAUUGGGCUUAACUUGAAGAGGCACAUAUUCUUGAGGACAAGAACGGAAUGCAAAUGUAGUUAGGAUUCUGGGAGAGUAACUUUUUUUUUCUGGUAUAGGAAUAAAGAUCAUCUGCUGGGCUUGGGCUCACCAGUAGUAACAUAUUGUAGGGGAUUUGCCAGGGGUGAAGUUUUAACGUAGUCACAAAGGAGACAGGGAACGAUAGAUAACUAGGAACAAUUAAAAGAAUUGAUCAGCAACACUGAAAGCCUCAUCAAGGUAAGUGACCCAGAUUUUUUUCAUGACAUCAUUCUUCAUGGCAAUAUGAUUUUGUUUUUUGUUUUAAUCUAUUUCAGUAGUGUUUAGCUUCCUGGGUAUAAAGGAUAGAAUGUCUUUGAGUGAAUAUAGUAAAAGGAUAAGCAAGGGAAAAUAAUAUUGAAGGCACUAUGAAGGAAAUCGUUAUUAUAGGAUGUGUCUUCUGAGCUAAUACAAAUGGAAUCAAUAGCCGCAGUUUUCUUUUUUUUAUUUUUUUUUCUUUAAAGUAUAAUCAUCUAGGACUGGGCAAAAACAGGCUAAGGAGAAUAGAAGCUAAAACAGUGGUUAUUAGUAACUUUUUUCCCAGUUAUACACUAGAGAGAUAUCACAUAUUCAUUUCAGGCACCCUGGCUUACUACUUAAUAAUUCUCAAGAAAAGGGACUUAUAUUUAUUUAUAAGUUCCCCAGUAGGUACUAAAGUAGCAGAGACCUAAAAAGAUGAGGGUGGAGAACAAAUCAUCUGGGUUGUAUACACAUUAUUUUGGUUACCUGCUGUGGGCCAGACUGCGGCGCAAGGGCUGCGCGGGAGCUACGCUGGCCCGGACCGAGGAAACUAUGCCCCAGACGUCCGUGGUCUUCUCCAGCAUCCUCGGGCCCAGCUGUAGUGGACAGGUGCAGGAGUGAGGAGGUGGGGCCGGCAGCUCCGGGGACCUCAUCUUCCAAGACGGACGUCUCAUCUCUGGGUCCCUGGAGGCCUUGAUGGAGCACUUGGUCCCCACAGUGGACUAUUACCCCGACAGGACGUACAUCUUCACGUUUCUCUUGAGCUCCCGGGUCUUCGUCCCCCCUCAUGACCUGCUGGCCCGCGUGGGGCAGAUCUGCCUGGAGCAGAGGCAGCAGCUGGAGGCCGGAUCUGAUAAGGCCAGGCUGAAGUCCUUCUCAGCCAAGAUCGUGCAGCUACUGAAGGAGUGGACAGAGGCCUUCCCCUACGACUUCCAGGACGAGAAGGCCAUGGCCGAACUGAAAGCCAUCACCCACCGGGUCACCCAGUGUGAUGAGGAGAAUGGCACGGUGAAGAAGGCCAUGGCCCAAAUGACGCAGAGCCGGCUGCUGUCCCUGGCUGCCCGGAGCCAGCUUCAGGAGCUGCGUGAGAAGCUCCGCUCACCGGCCAUGGACAAAGGGCCCAUCCUCAAGGCCAAGCCGCCAGCCGCGCAGAAGGACAUCCUGGGCGUGUGCUGUGACCCCCUGGUGUUGGCCCAGCAGCUGACUCACAUCGAGCUGGAGAGGGUCAGCAGCAUCCACCCUGAGGACCUGAUGCAGAUCGUCAGCCACAUGGACUCUCGGGACAAGCACAGGUGCCGAGGGGACCUGAUUAAGACCUACAGCCUGGAGGCCUACGACAACUGGUUCAACUGCCUCAGCAUGCUGGUGGCCACCGAGGUGCGCCAGGGCCUUGGAAGCGCCAACCCCCAACAGUGAUGCCUUAAAUUACAACAGAGACCCAUCUGGGGAGGCAUCCUGUGCCCAGCAUGGCCUGCCAGCUCAUCUGGGUCUCCCUUGGUCCUCUCAGCCUGCCUUCCCGCCCCUCUGCCCAGCAUCGAAAAUGCCACGGCUGCAUUUCCUGCCUCUGCAGCCUGCGAGAAUCCCUCCACCCCAGGCCUGACAGCUCUGGGGGCCCAGGGCAGCUCCCGUCCAGGCCGCCCUAAAAAAAGAAAAAAAAAAAAAAAAAAAAAUUGACUCUUCAAUUAUGCCCUUGAGAAAGGUACUGCGUAAGUAAUUAAUGUUAUUCUCUUUCUGCAUGUUUUUUAUUUGCUGUUUGUUUG